AUGACCGACCGCCGCUACGGAAACCGUACCUACGGUAGUUCCUACGACAACUACGAUUACGAUACUACCGGUACAACGUACGAUACCACCGGAACUAGCUAUGACCCCACUGGCUACAGCACAUACGGCACUACCGGGUACGGUUCAACGGGCUAUGGUGCCGCCAGCACUGGCUACGGCACUACCUAUGACACGGGCUAUGGCACCACUUCCUACGACCCCAGCAGCGGUGCCUAUGAUCAGCAUCUAGAUUACCGCACCGAUGAUUCCCGCCGCCAUCACCGUGAGCGACUUGAUAACAGCGGCGUCUACCGCCACCGGGACGUUGACCGUCGGGAUGAUGGUACUACUCAUGUUCACCGAGAGUACGAUAACCCCAACACCGGUACCAGCUACCACCGGGAUUAUGAGCGGUAG